CCCACUUACCACGCGACUGCGCCAAAACAAGUCUACGCAGUUCUGCCCGUCCGCGUGUGCGUACCGCCCGCCGCGCGCGCGUUUGCAACGAAACCUCGUAUCUCUCUCCAAGGUCGGUCUCACAGCCAGCCAGCCAACCCCGCACCUAGCUAGCUAGUCGACCUCGUCGUCGAUCGAGCUCGCUCGCACCAACGUCAGUAGCAGCAACCGACGGCCGCCCGCCCCGCCCGCCGCUACCGCACCACCAUGUCCUCCUCAACGUCGGUCCCGCGGGCGUCUGUUUCUCGUAUGGCGAUUGCACCAUUCGCCCGCCUCCUGCGCCGCAUGUCGAUCCCGCUGCCGACCAACCUGCCGACGUCGCCGAGCCACCUCAUCACGCCGGCCAAGCUCGCCGUCGUGGCGGCCUUCCAGCGCCUCGACCUGUCCCUGCACCCGCGGAGCACGAUCGAGCGCGCGCGCAAAUGGCAGCCCUCGGCCUCGGGCGUCGCGCAGCUCGCCAUCAUGUUCGCCGUCUGGGUCUACGCGCUCUGGGUCAUGACCGCCCCGCUGCUGGUGCGCGUCGCCAUUCCCGCGCUCUGGGCGCUCGUCGUGCUUGUCCCCUUCACGAGCCAGCUCAUGUGGCCCGCAACGCCGGUGCUCACCUGGGUCAUCCUCUUCUUCUCGGCGCGCUACAUCCCCACCAACGCCCGGCCCGGCAUCCACGUCAACCUCCUGCCCGCGCUCGAGUCGGUCAUGUACGGCGCCAACAUCUCCGACUUGCAGACCAGGUACACGCACCCGCUGCUUGAUGUCCUCGCCUGGCUUCCUUACGGCGUGCUGCACUUUAUGCUGCCUGUCGUCGUCGCCCUGCUGCUCUGGAUCUUUGGCCCCCGCGGAAGCGCCCAGUACUGGGGCAAGGCGUUUGGCUUCAUGAACCUCUUUGGUGUCAUUACGCAGAUUCUCCUGCCAUGCGCGGCGCCAUGGUACGAGAUCAUCCACGGCCUCACGCCGGCAAACUACAAGAUGCCUGGUUCCCCAGGUGGCCUGCUGCGAAUUGACCGUGUCUUCAACUCGAACGGCUACACCAACACGUUUGGCUCGGCGCCUCUGGUCUUUGGCGCCUUCCCAUCUCUCCACUCGGGCUGUGCCGUCAUGGAGGCCCUGUUCCUCGCCCACUUCUUCCCCUUCCUCAAGCCGCUGUACUGGGGCUACGUCGGAAUCCUGUGGUGGGCGACCAUGUACCUCUCGCACCACUACCUCAUCGACUUGACUGGCGGCGCGAGCCUCAGUGUCCUCGUCUUCUACCUCUUCAUGCCCGACGACUUCAAGGACAUUGACAACAUCCACUGGCCUUCGAGCGCGGGCGGCGGGUCCGGCGCGUACGAAAUGGUCACGAGCAACGGCCACGCCGAGGUCGACUUUGACGAGGAGAUUCGCAAGCUCGAGGAGGAGGGAGAAGACUCGGCAGUGCACGUGCACGACGACAUUGAGAGCCGCGGCGAGGUCCCCGACUCGCCAUCAAAGCCGCGCAACAAGAGGACGGUUAGCUGGGGAGAGACGCGCGUACUCGGAGAAGAGGGUGGCGCAGAGGGGUCGUCUGGCGCGUCCGGCCAGCAGCAGCCGGUCCCGGCCGCCGCUGCCGGCAAGCAGUAGUAGGAUAAUUAUCGCUAUUAGACGCUUCUACUCGAGCACAGGACAAGAGUAGAACACAGGGCAAGAGUAAUACCAGCUCGAGUUCAUUACAAUGCAAUGCAGAUUCAUACGAAAACAAGUGUGCGCCUGUCUAGAACGGCGACAUCUUGUAGUCGCGGUCGCCGAGUCCGCCGGGGCGGGGCACGCGCGAGAAGUAGGAGAUGACGCCCAUGGCGCGGGCGCGGCGGACAAGCUUGCCGGCACGGCGCUGCGACUUCCACGUGAGGCCCGUCUCUGCGCGGCUGAGGAUCUUGCCGAUGGGGUUGAUGAACGCGCCGGCCAUGAGGGGGUUGAGGGCGUGGUCGACGGGGUUGGCUUUGCGGAUGUAGAACGGGUCGAUCUGCUUUGCGAUGCGCUUGGGCGGGCCGAGGAGCGGGCGCUUCUGGCCCCUGUGUUCGCGGCCGUACAACUUGUCGUGGGCGUACAACAUGGGCGGGGUGAUCUGGCAAAGUCAGCACGACAGCAGCGGCCCAACGGCCCAACGGCCCAACCCACCAGGUUGGGACGGAACGGCUGGCGGCCGUCAUCCUCGAGCGUGAGGUCGCGCAUGCCGACGCUGCCGAUCAUGUUGCGCGCGGCGUCGUGCGGCGACUGCGGUGUCGCCUGCUGGGACGAGCCGGCCGCAGCGGACGACGAAGACGAGGAGGACCCCGCCGCGGUCGCCUGCGAGCCCGUCAGGCGGGCGAGGAAGUCGGCGGCGCUGGGGCCAGCGCGGGCGGGGGUGGUGUGCAGCGCACGAAGAGAGCGCAGGGGCGCGAGCAUGCUUGGUCGGGACAUUGUGGUGUGGGUCAACG